AUUUCGGUUAGUAAUACCGGCAAGAAACGAAGACGAGGCAAAGGAUCCGGACGUAUUGCUCCCAAGGAUUUGAACAAAGGACAGGUGAUUGGUUUCGGUAAGGCCAACAUUGUAUGGCCAGGACUGUCAGCAGCGAUUAUUCGAGAUCGAGAGCUUGUCCAACAGCAGCAGCUUCCGGAAGAUAAGGAGCGGGAAGCCAAGCUCAAGAAGAUUCGCGAUGAGAUGGUGAACUUCAAACGGAUAAAGCUCAGUCCCCUUGAGCGAGGUUGGUCUGGAUAUAAAAUGCCUAGCCGUAGUAUAAGACCGCCGUAUGCAGUUGGAGAGGACCAAUUUGAAGGAUUCGACACCCAUUGUUUGGAACUGAAGACCGUUGUCAAUAUGAAGGGCAAUCUUAGUCGUAAGAUACGCGUUUCAGCAAUGACAGUGACAGGAAACGACGACGGUUUGGCAGGAUUCGGAUUCAUCAAGACCAGUGCAGCGUUGCGACAGGCAAAAAAUCGCGCCGGUCAGAAAUUAAUGUUUUUCGAGCUGUGCAAUGGUCAUACUGUUUUCCACGACUUCUAUAGUGCUUUUGGUACGACAGAUAUUUUCGUCGAGCGUAAACCGGACGGCUACGGCUUGAAAUGUCAUCGAGCCAUCAAGGCCGUUUGCGAACCUAACUGA